AGAUCUGCUUCUAAGACACAGCUGGAAGUAUACUUCCCAACUCUACAAAAGAGCCAUAUCUUACAUAAAGAGUCAUUUUCAGUGUUUGAUCCAAAAACAAACACACACAUUGCCAGCAGACUUCAGUUUCCGGUAAAGCCUGCGUAUGCCCUUACAAUCCAUAAAGCACAAGGAAUGACACUACCUUGGGUUGAAGUAGACUGUUAUGAUAUAUUCAAGCCAGGCCAGUUUGGAGUUGCAAUUUCUAGAGUUAAGUCUUCUGAUGGAUUACGUGUCAUAAAUUUUCACCCUCGGCACAUCUUUAGCCCACCUGUCGCUAUACAGAACAUAUUGAAUAUGAAAAGCCUGGAAACAGUUGAAGAUUUCAGCUGCUGUAGAAUGAAAAGUUAUAAACAUGAGCAUAUGUCAGUGGCAGCUACAGAUACAAGUUUUCAAGCAUACACUACAAGCACUACAGAUAGCUAUGAAAUGGAUCUUGAUGAUGAUUUUAAUGACAUUCUGGCAUCUAUGGACAGUGACGAACAAGAGGUACUACAGUUUGAAAUCAAUGAUAACUAUGACAUGAUGAAAAUGAUUGAAGAUAUUUCUUUCAAAAACCCAUUUGGUACAUUACAACCAAAGUGCAAUUUAAUUAUAUCACAACUUGACCCAGCAGACCCCAGACUGCUUACUUUUAUAAAGAGAAUAUUUUUAAAAAUGUCAAAUGUGUCAAAAGAACUAGGUAUAGAUGAUCCUAAACCUAUUGCUGAGAGUGUCCUUAAUAAAUUUUAUAAAACUCUGUAUGAGUACACUGUUGGUUUACAAUAUACCAUGGACUGUCUCACUUUGUUCAACAUCGGAACUGAAAAUGUAUUUGAAGAGGAACACAAAAUUGUUUGCUAUAAGAUGUUUGAAUAUAUAAGAGAAUUUGUGUUGCAACAAAGGGUUCAGUUACUUAAAGAAAGUACUAUGAAUAUUUAUAAAAGAACGGUUACAGAUGCUUCGAGGUCCAGAAUUCGCUAUGUGGCAGGAUACUGUGUGGCAAAGCUCAGAAAAAAGUAUGUGCAGGUUUUGAAAUCUAAUAUGUUCUCUUGUAGUAAAGCAUCACAAACAACAUUCAAGGAAGCUAGACAAACACUACUUAUUCUAAACUCAUUCAAGGAAGAAGAACAUUAUUUACAACAAAUGACAUCUCACCCCGACUCCCUUAUUGACACUGAAAGGAAACAAAAUAUAAGGCAUGGACUAACUAAUGUAACAGAUGGCAUGUUUAAUUUUUUCUUAAAUAUAACUGAGUUGUGUUUGCAAAAACUUGUGAAUGAAAAUUUAACAAAAUAUGGAAAAACAAUGUAUAAUAAUUGUUUGGAGCAGCUUCUUUGUGACAUGAAUUUAUAUCAGCAGUUUUCACAUAUGGUUAUUAAUAAAUUGAAAGGAGAAACCACUGAAGAAUUUUCUUUCACUCUGGAACAUGUGAUUAUAUCAGAAAUUGUGGAUUCUUUAGUUCUUACCUCUGCACAGAUUUGCACCAUAUAUAAUGAACUUGUUCAAAAAUACUUUCUGGUUUUAUUUGCUCAGUUUUGCAGAGAUGUUAAAGGUGUUUUUAAUAUCACAAAAACAAUGGCUCAUAGGAAGCAAAUAAAAGUUUCUAAAUGUUCUAAAAAAUCAAAAACACUUAAGAAACAAACUACAAAAUCAUUGGAACCAAUGGAUGUCACUGCACAAUCACCCAUGCUGCCUGUCCAACCAGAUUCAGAGCCUGAACCCCAACCGGGACCAUCAUAUUUGGAAAGUGAUCUUUGUAAAAAGUGCCAACAGGCAGAUGGAGAACUGUGGAUACAGUGUGAUUCGUGUAAUUCUUGGUUACACAGAAAAUGUGCAGGUUUGCAGAAUGCAAUGAAAUGGAAAAAAUAUUCAAAGGCUGGAGCUAAAUGGAACUGCACAGAAUGUGAAUAAUUUACAUUAUUUUUAUGGCUUUUUGAGUCAUCUAAAAUCAUUUUUAUAAAAGAGAACAAUCCAUAUAAUAGAAUAACAAUGUUGAAAAUAAAGUAAACAUUGUGUUAAUUUCGUGUGUAAUGAAAGUGCUCAGUACUGUUAUUGUCAUAAAUUGAUGGACAGACUCUUUCUUACCAAUUGA